AUGUCGACCCUCCAAACCUUCCAGGCUUCGAUGCUCCAGCGCAGAACGGUCUAUAAUCUACAAGGCAACUCGCCCAUUUCGAAUGCAGAGAUCCAAGACAUCAUCCGCCAUGCUCUUCUUCAUGUUCCCAGCUCGUUCAAUUCCCAGUCAACUCGCAUCGUUCUCCUGGUCGGCCAUGAACAUGCCGCCUUGUGGGAUAUUGUCAAGGACGUCUUGAGCGGAAUCGUGCCGGGCCAGGCAUUUGCGACGACGGAAAAGAAGCUCGAAAGCUUCCAACGGGCAUAUGGAACAAUCCUCUUCUUUGAAGAUCAAUCAACCAUCCGAGACUACCAGAACCGAUUCCCUCUGUACGCCGACCGGUUCCCCGUCUGGGCAUCCGAGUCGUCGGGCAUGCACCAAUAUGCCAUCUGGACGGCCCUCGCCUGUCAGGACCUGGGGGCAAACCUUCAGCACUACAACCCCCUGAUUGAUGACUUGGUGACGGCCAGAUGGAAUCUCCCCCAGGACUGGAAGUUGGCCGCUCAGAUGGUCAUUGGAACUCCGACUAGGCCUCCUGGGGUGAAGACUUUCCAGCCAUUAGAGGAAAGGUUCAGAACUUAUGGGGAAAUCCUAUGA